CUUAAAUACGCGUCUGCAUUUUGGUACAAACAACAGACAAAGUAACUUACCAUAUCCGGUGCGGAAUUUCCAAGUUUCGGACGUCGUUAUUACUAAGAGACUGUUUGUUUCUGAUGUUCACAGAAAUAUGCGGUAAAUUGAGGACCUGCAUUUAUAAAAAGGUCGCGUUUUCGCGGCCACUUGGCUGUAAUUUACGGCAAUUACCUGUUUUUCGUGACUUUCACAACUCAGUCAGUUGUUUAAGAGAAAAUGAUAAAGCACUGGAUGAGUUGAACGCGACCAUUCUUCGUCUUCAGCGCAGAAUUGACGCUUCAAAAAGUAUCAGUCUUCAACAGAAGCAAACACAAGAGUUUCCAAGAAAUGAAAAGCUACUGUCUUUCUUGUUGGAUAACACCCUUCGAUCAAAUGUUUCGGACAAAGAAACACAUUCUGUUCCUCCGAAGAGUAAAAGCGUGUUGCCCAGUGAGGAUAACAUUCUCGUACAACGACUUGGUGUUCCCGAGACGUCGUUCAACAAAUACUUUCAAUUGGAACCAACUGCUGAGUCUAUUAGUCAUAAAAGUGUACUAGCACCCGAAGUAUGGAAAUCGCGUCUCGACAAUUUGUUUCGUUACUCUGUUCCUUUUGAGAAAUGUAACUUGAACCAAGUGAUUGAGCUUGUUACACACCUUCCUUCUUCUUUUCGAGCUUCGUACGCCAAAAACAUUCUCGACUGCCUAAAACAGGUCUGCCUGACACCGUCGGUGUAUCUCUUAAACAUUCUUCUUCAUGCCUCGGCAAAGCACAGUACGUUGGAGGAGACACUAAAUGUGUACAAUGCAUACAAUCAGUUUCAAUUGAAGCCUGAUAACUAUACUUUCGUUUCACUGAUCAUCGCAUACUCGCUUCAUAAACAAAUUGUCAAAGCGUUUUCACUUCUUUCAGAAAUGAAACGCCUUAAGAUUGAAGCGAAUACUCACGUCUUUAAUACAUAUAUUGCCAUUCUCUAUCAUGAACGCUUAUACGAACAAGCGUGGCGCCUUUUUGACUACAUGAAGUUUAAAUCUUUGCAAAGUCAGCCCGAUGAUAAAACUUAUUCCUACAUGAUUUCGGUUUGUACCGCAGAAAGAAAGGUAGAAAAGGCAUUAAAUCUUUACCAAGAAAUGCAAGAACGACCCAUAAACCCUCUGACUCCAUCCUCCCGAACUAUUGAUGCCAUUCUCCGUGCGUUGGCUCGCUAUCCACGCUACCAUUCAAAGUUUUGGUCCAUUUUUGAAGAACUCCGUGCGGAACAGUGGAAGCCAGGUGCACAAACAUUUGUUGCGUUUGCACAGCUGUUUUCGUAUGGUGGGCAAGUGAAUUCGUUAAAACGUUGGAUUUCUCGGAUAUGGUCUAUGUCUGGCGAAACACCCGACGCAAAAACAAUUGAAUUACUGUUUCAGUACUUGUUUCGUGCGUAUUCAAAUGUCAAAUUUAACCAAGAACCUAGUCUUGAACAGGUCCCAAAUGAGAAGACAGGUGAUGAUGCCAGUAUCUCUUCACCAAGCAAUCAGCUGUCGCUGAAGCUUCCCUUUCUUCUCAGCUCGUCUUCUGGUGAUAUCACUAAAGAAGAACUAAUCCAUGAGGCCAAAGAAUGCUAUCACUACCUUCAACAAUACCAUCCAACCGUAUUGUCUGUUCAUCUACGCACAACCUAUAUGAGUAUCUUCAAGAAUCAUGGAUGCAUGGAUGAAGUGAAGGAAUUUUAUGCAAAGAGCUUUCGUCCUGCCAAGUUACCUUCUAGUCACGUAGUCUCGAACCAAAACGAAACAACUUGCAAUAAAGACCUUCCAUUCCGUGACAUCCAUGUUUACGCUUGUGCUAUUAAUGGAGCCUCUGUUUCUAACGAUUUUGCGUUUGGUUACGCCGUAUGGCUAGAGUACUUGCACUGCAAGUCAUACCUUCCCGAAGUGCUAAAUGGCGACAAGAUAGAAUUUGAAAUUACGAAAUCCAUGAUCAUUCUAUUUGCCCGAAAUCAAUUCUUGCAUUUAGCAGUGAAGCUGCUUAAUGAGACAAAAGACAGGCAUUGGAAAUGGACGAGACGCUCUCUUGGCAUCAUGCACAAGGUUGCCUUCCUUUCUCAGGAUAAACCAGCUCUUGACCUUAUAGAAGAAAUUGUCUUAGACUAGAUGGACAUCCAUUUUUGUACAGUAACAUCGCAUUCCCCUCCCCUAUCAAACAACGUAUAUCCCAACAACACACUGCAUAACGUUUGCAACAAUUAAUAUUAAAGAAAAGAUAGACUCAUAAAGUAGGUAUCAUGGACGACAAACCCUCAUAGUAUCAAAGUUAACGAACAGGAGGCAAACACCGUAAUGAAAAAUAGAAUUCACCUCAAUCAAAACAAAACGCGUAUUAGGAGGAGAGCGU